CCGCAGACGUUAGACCUCUUCUCCCAAUCCUCUCUCUUUCAAUCAGAUUUCCGGCGCCGGAAAGUUUGUCGGAGGUGUUCUAUCGCCGGACAUCUUCUGUCUUACCAACCUGGUUUUCGUGUCGAAGUGUUUUUGUUAUUAUUAUUUUUUCCUUUUCCCUUUUCUACUCGAUUAUGUGGAAGGAAUGGUUUGAAUUUCACGUAUAUAGUUGAUUAUCGGAGUUUCUGAAGCUGAUAAGUUGAAGCUUCUUUCUUCGUUUUCGUUUCUAAUUUUUAGUUACUUUACUGUAAUUGGUUGCAUUUGUAUGUGCGUGUUUUGUGAAUGCUGGUUGAAUUUGUAUGAUUCAGUUUUUACAGUAAACCCUAACUUUUAUGUUGAAGAACUGCUAUAUCGUACUUUACAACUGUACUGUUCGUACUGACAAUUCCCUGUAUAUUUCUACAAAGCAAAAAAUCAACAGAGAAGUUUUCACAAGUUUCUACUCCUAACUUCUCCUAGCUAAUCAAUCGUAGUAUUUCACUCCCGGAGAGAAGGAAAAAUUGUGGAGAGUUAUAGAACGCACCUGAGCGAGCGAUUCACCGAAGGAAGAAGUAAUGGCGGAUUCCGACAACGAAUCAGGCGGAAACCGAGACCACAACUCGCAGAGCGAGAUGUCCCCGCGGGAGCAGGACAGGUUCCUCCCGAUCGCCAACGUGAGCAGGAUCAUGAAGAAAGCGUUGCCGGCGAACGCCAAAAUAUCAAAAGACGCGAAGGAAACGGUGCAGGAGUGCGUGUCGGAGUUCAUCAGCUUCAUCACCGGCGAGGCGUCGGAUAAGUGCCAGCGCGAGAAGAGGAAGACGAUCAACGGCGACGAUUUGCUGUGGGCGAUGACCACCCUAGGGUUCGAGGACUACGUGGAGCCGCUGAAGGUUUAUCUGCAGAGGUUUAGGGAUAUGGAGGGGGAGAAAAGCGCCAUGGCGGGGAGAGGCGAGAAGGAGGACGGCAGCAGUGGCGGCGGGAAUGGCGGAGUCGGCGUGAACAUGGGGAGUGGCGGUGGCGGUGGCGGUGGCGGUUACGAGGGGAUCUAUGGUAUGAGUGCGACUGCAAUGGGUGGACCCGUUUACGGGUACGGGCAAAUGGGCGGGCCCGGUAAAUCCGGGUCGGGAUACCACAUGGGAUCCGGGUCGGGUGGAAGGCCCAGAUAGCUGAGGCUGCUUUUGUUCUCUUUAAUCAUUAGUCUUAAUUGGGUAGAAUAUAUAUAUACACUCCAUAUAUACAUAGAUUAAUUAAUUAGUGGAGAUGGAGCAUUAAUUAUUGUAUAUUUAAAUAUCUAAUAAUUAUACUUGUCUAUGAUUAAAUUAAAUAUUUAUAAAUAUAUAUAGACAUUAUUUAUAAGGAAAACUAAAUUAUUUUAUUUUAAAUAGCGGGUGGGGUUAGUGAUUCCCUAAAACUUGGGCAAAAUCAUUAAUAUUCGGGCCCAGUUUGUUGGUGACUCUAUUCAUUAUUCACUGUUUACUUGUACGUAUGUAUGUGUAUAUAUAUUAUUGUG